UCGGUUCAGAUGUUUAGUUCGCAUUCGCCAUCCGAUAGUUCAAGUCGCCCCCAAAACACAAUGGCCAAGUUUAGUCCACACCAACUGUCGAAUCCUCGGGCGAAUGUCUUCAUCCUGGUCAAUCUGGGAUGUGAGAUGCUCUACGUGAUCGAUCAGCGGUUAAAAGCUCAGCAAAUCGCGCAGGAUAAGUCGAUGCAAGUUAUCCACGAUGUGACCACGGUGCUGCUGGAGCCCAAGUUCAUAGACUCCCUUCUUAACGGCUCCAAGCACAACAACGCCCAGCUCCUAACUGCCGAGCACUGCAAGUUCAUGCUAAAUGAUAUCGCCACCUGCUCGCUAAUGAGACUCGAUGAACAGUCGAUGGCCAAGCUGUGGAACCUCAUGACCGUGGUCUACAAGUGGCAGUUGUUCGUUUCCCGCCAUCAGCACCACCUGCUGGAGAUAACCUUCCGGCAUUUGGAGGCGGUCAACAGGUUGUAUCCGGAUGCCAAACGGCACAUGCUGAUUGACUUUACUAAGAACACGCUGCUGGACUUUUGGAAUGCCUGCGGGGAGGAGGCACAGCUGUCCAUCUACCAGACGAACAGAGCCUGGCUGCAGUGCUUCAACACGAAGAUCUCGCUGCUAAUACGCCUCGGCUUCCAGGCCAUGGAUGGGAGCUUCAUCAAAGAGGUGGAUCAGGAAUACUUUGCGGACUUUGUCCAAACGGCAGGGGAUAAUAUCUAUGUGAAGAGUGCCGAGCAGCAGCAGCGAGAGCGAGAGCUCGAAAGGGAGCCCAACAGAAUGGAUCAGUUGGCGGCCCAGUUGAACAUCCAUUCGUCGGGCAGCGUCGAUGAUCUGCAACCCAUCAAUGCCCGCCAGUUUCAGCAGCAGUUCGAGCAGGCCUUCGGCAGUGUCCUUUUCGAUGAACCCUCGUCCUCGUCGUCCACCGACUGCGAAUUUGUCCAGCUCCAACCCACGACUCCAUCCUCAUCCUCCAGUGAGGCUGCGAUGGCAAUGUCCAGGGGCUCGACACUCAAUCAGAAUCUGCUCGAUUUGUACAGCAAAAUGCCUUAGGAGCGUUCAGUUAGA